UAACUGACGUCAGAAUGAUAGCGCAUCUAACCGUUAAAUGUCAUUGAAUUUCCUUUUUGUUCCGGGGGGUUUAUAAUACCCAGCCGCAAAAUUUUAUUUAGGACAUUAAAGGGGGUGCCGCCCCCCUUUUAUUUAUUCGAUUCAAACACGACAAUCGCGAGUCCCAUUAGUUUAUUUUUGCCUUCUUGACGUUAUUUGCACAACUAAUGGCUGCGGGUCGCAUAAGGAAUAGGGGUUGCGUCCCCUAUUUGGAUGGCGAAGGGGUUUUCGUUAAACCCAUAACGACAGUAGAAUGGACGAAAGACUCAUGUUUCGACCCGAAAAUGUCGCCAUUUCAACGGAUGUAUAUGCACCACACGUUGGCCAGUGCAAGAAGAUAUGCCCAUUUUAAAAAUUUCGACAACCUGAUACCAAAAGACGAACUGGAUUUGAUCCUCACCUCGACCUUCGAUCAGUCCACAGAAAUAUUCCCGGAAAAAGUUGACGUAUAUUUCCAACCUGAAACGGAAGGUAUAGCGACAUGGCGCAGGCUCAGAAACACUCGCGAUCUCACUCCAGACAGAGAACAAAUGGCUUCAAGCUUGGGCGGGGCUCAGGAGUGCGCAGACACUCAAAAAAUCGGUAGAGGCAAGAGGAAAUCUGCUAUACCUUACAGAUAUAAUUUUGCUCAUAAGUUGCUUAUUGGAGGCAUCACUGAGAAGAAGCAUCCCAGCAGCAUUAAAUUGAUGAACUCCUCACACCAUUCCCCGCAGACCAAUGCGGGAUACUCGCGGCAGCCAUCUGAUGGAAAUUUUUAUCAAUAUUGAUUUUAGUAUUGUUUUUAAAAUAAAGAAAUUUAGUAUGCGA